AUGUUGCGUGGUAUCACUGAGGACAAAGAGGUGACAGUGACUGAAUCUGCAGUAUCGUCGGCGGCGGCAGCAGCAGCAGCAGACAAAUUAUCUUUGUCAUCCUCCACGCUCUGUUUAGUCACCGAAUUCUCUCCCCUCGGAUCCCUUCUUGCCUUUCUUCGCUCACGUGGACGCACCGUCAUUACUCAGUCCGCUCUCCUCUCAUUCGCCACGUGA